AAAAAAAAGAAGAAAGCAAAACAAUGAAUCUCUUAUGGAAUUCUAAUAAAUCAUUAUCAAACUCAUCUAUCAAUCAUGAUUUAGAAGUGAUUGUUGUUGGUUUAAAUAAAACUGGAACUAGUUAUUUAAAAUCUGCAUUAGAAAUUUUAUAUCAUGGUACAACAUGUUUACAUUAUACUGAUUUAAUUUAUCAAUCAAAUGAUAUAAUAGAAAAAUGGUUAGAAUUACAUUUAUGUCAAUAUCAAACAAAAUUAAAUGGAUUUCAUUAUAAUAAACAAGAAUUAUUAAAAUUAUUAUUAAAAAAUUAUAAAUCUGUAUCCGGUAUACCAAUUACAUCAUUUUUAAAUGAUUUAAUACAAAUGUAUCCUAAUGUGAAAGUUAUUUUAACAGUACGUAAUGCUGAAUUAUGGCAUGCUGCUUGUCGUACAAAUCUUAUACCAUAUCAAUCAAAUGAAUCAAAAUUACAAAAAAUUUUUUAUAAAUUUUCAUUAUUUACAUGGUUAAUAAAAUUAAAUCAAUUAAAAUUAUUAUCAUUACAAAAUACAUUAGGUAAUACAAUUAAUUUAAAAAAUGAUAAUGAAUUAAUUCAUGCCUAUAGUCGUUGGAAUGAUCAUGUUCAAUUGAUUGUACCAAAAGAUCGUUUAUUAAUUUAUAAUAUUAAACAAGGUUGGUUACCAUUAUGUGAAUUUUUAAAUAAACCAAUACCAUGUUGUACAUUUCCUGGUAGAAACACAAUAUUUCUAUGGUCAUAUUUAUUACGUCAUCUGAAAAAAUUAUUUCAUUUUAUAUUGUAUAUUUUUAUUUAUUUAUUUAUGAUUUAUUAUUUUUUAAAUAUUUUCCGAUAAAUAUGUAGGGUGAUGCUUUAUUUUUUUGUCGUCGAUUGUUUAUUAUUAUUGUAUCUGCCUUGGAUACUACAAACACACGCACGCACGCACGCACACAUACACACAUGCACACACAGUGAACUACUCACAACUUGAAACAAUAAACAAACACACACAUCUAUACAUAUGUAUGAACAUAUUAAUCAGUUCUGUAUUAUGAGUAUUCUAUUGUUGAACUGUUCUUUUAUUAUUAUUAUGAUUCUCUGAUAAAUUGUUAAUUAUUUAUUAAAUAUGAUUUUAGGUAAGCAAUUUUAAAGAUGUAGGUGUGUGUGCGUGCGGAAUUUUUUGUCUCUCUGUUUAUUUAUUGUUUACAAAUUACUUCUUUUGUAUACAUAGUUCAAAUGCGCU